UUGAUUAAUCCAAAUCAAUUUCAGACUUAAAAUAAUGCAGUUUUAAGCCCCACGUUUCCGGGUAAACAACACUGACUUCCGGUUUAUGCCCCGCCCACUCCGAUUAGAUAUAGCGUACUCGCUCAUCUUUACUUUUUUGUCUCGCAUUUUGUCUACAGCUUUAUACACCGUAAUAUGCAAAUUAGAUGACGUCAUCUAGCAAGGUCUACGACAGCCAAUAGCUACUUUUGAUACUGAAAAGUUUCCAACAAUGCAAUUGUUGGAAGUAGUUUUGUAUACGCUUAUACCCACCCGAUGAAGGUAACUUGAAACGAUCGAUAGAUUUGAUUAUUGAUGGAAUUGAACGUUUUCGCCACCUGUAGCUGCUACUUGAUGAAACGGCGAUCACCUGAGUAAUGAAUGGAUCCACGUUAGGAGGUCAGCCCCUACGUCAGCUUCACUGUUCUGUUCCGGCAUUCGAGCGCGUCGUUCGCUCCUCACAGCAUCUCCCACCAUGAUGGCUUCUGACUUCUCUGACAUAGAGGCGUUCUUGGACGGACACCCGGACCUCUUUGAGGAGUAUCUGGUUCGAAAAGCCAAGUGCGAGCACAUUAGCAAGUGGAUGAGGGAGCACCAAGCCCCCAAAGUAUCCACAAUCGAGGAGAGACGCGUCCCAGCGAAGGACCCCACUCUCUGGCCCGCCAAUCCGGACGCUCUCCGUCGGAGAUCGUCUCACUUGGAGCUUCGGCGCAACUUCGCCCGGUCCAAAGCCACCACCGCGCACCGAACCUACGACGAGCACGCCAGCUUCAGCCAGCAGGACCCCCAGUCCAGCAUGAGGCGACGCGCGCUCCUGCGUAAAGCCAGCUCCCUUCCUCCCACCACCGCGCACAUCCUCAGCGCCCUGCUGGAGUCCAGAGUCAGCGUACCACAGUACGCAUCCACAGCCACGGACCACAAGUGUCGACUCAGGGAGACCAAUGAAAGGGAGUUCUUCCUGGAGCUGGUGAAGGACAUCUCCAACGAUCUGGACCUGACCAAUCUGAGCUAUAAGAUCCUGAUCAACGUGUGCAUCCUAGUGGACGCGGACAGGUGCUCCCUCUUCCUUGUGGAGGGUCCUGCUCACAAGAGGACUCUGGUGUCCAAGUUGUUUGACGUGCACUCGGGCACCACAGUCAGACCUUCAUCCAGCACCCUCAACUCCAACGAGGUGCAGGUGCCUUGGGGAAAGGGCAUCAUUGGAUACGUGGCGGAGCAUGGAGAGACCGUCAACAUCUCCAACGCUUAUGAGGACCAUCGCUUCAGUGACGAGAUAGACAAGUUAACAGGAUACAAGACUCAGUCCAUUCUCUGUAUGGCUAUCUGUAAUAGUGACGGAGAGGUCAUUGGCGUCGUACAGGCAAUCAACAAAAAUCCCACCGGAACACCUUUCACUGAGGAUGAUGAGAAGGUGCUGCAGAUGUAUCUACCCUUCUGUGGAAUAUCCAUAUCAAACGCCAAGUUGUUUUCUGAAUCUCGUAAGGAGUAUGAAAGGAGUCGGGCUUUACUGGAGGUGGUCAACGACCUCUUUGAGGAGCAGACCGACUUGGAGAAGAUCGUGCGGAAGAUCAUGCAGCGAGCGCUCACUCUCUUGCAGUGCGAGCGCUGCUCUGUGCUUCUCCUCGAGGACAUUAACUCACCAGUUGUGAAGUUUUCCAAGACGUUUGAGCUGAUGUCCCCCAAGUGUUUUUCAUUUGUCUCACCUCAUCCGUAUGAUAGCAUGGAGAAGCUGUCUUGCUCUGAUUGGCUGAUCAAUAACAGCAUCGCCGAACUGGUGGCCUCCACGGGACUCCCAGUUAACAUCAGCGACGUGUGCCAGGACCCGCGCUUUGAUUCAGAAGCGGAUCAAGCCUCAGGAUUUCAUAUCCGAUCGGUGUUGUGUGUGCCUAUCUGGAAUAUAACUCAUCAGAUUAUUGGGGUUGCACAAAUUUUGAAUCGCCUCGACAGGAAGACCUUCAAUGACGCAGAUCAGAGACUGUUUGAGGCGUUUGUGAUUUUCUGUGGACUGGGCAUCAACAACACUAUGAUGUACAAUCAAGUGAAGAAGACGUGGGCCAAGCAGUCUGUAGCACUGGAUAUGUUAUCCUACCAUGCUACCUGCUCAAAGGUAGAAGUUGACCGUCUCAAGGCAGCUAAAAUCCCCCUGAGCAGUGAAUUGGGUAUCGACGAGCUUCAUUUCAACGACUUCUCUUUGGACAACGAUGCUAUGAUCACAGCUUCGCUUAGGAUGUUCCUGGAACUCGGGGUGGUCCAGACUUUCAAAAUAGACUAUGAGGUUUUGUGCCGCUGGCUUCUCACGGUGAGAAAGAACUACAGAACCGUGGCCUAUCACAACUGGAGGCACGCCUUCAACGUCUCCCAGUGCAUGUUCGCUAUGAUCACAUCCGCCAGCUUCCAGGACGUUUUAUCCGAAGCUGAGAUUCUGGCUUUGAUGGUUGGCUGUCUGUGCCAUGAUCUGGACCAUCGUGGCACCAAUAAUGCAUUUCAAGCCAAGACGGGUUCCGCUUUGGCCUUGCUCUACGGGACGUCAGCAACAUUGGAACACCAUCACUUCAAUCAUGCGGUCAUGAUCCUGCAAAGCGAGGGUCACAAUAUCUUUGCCAACCUCUGCUCCAAAGAAUACAGCAACAUGAUGCAACUAUUAAAGCAGGCCAUUCUCUCCACAGACCUCACUUUGCACUUUGAGCGUAGGAGCAAGUUCUUUGAAUGUGUUCUUGCUGGAAAAUUCAGCUGGACGGAUGAAAAACACAGAGAGGUGCUCAGAUCCAUGUUGAUGACGGCUUGCGAUUUGGGUGCGGUCACUCGGCCUUGGGAGAUAUCCAAACAGGUUGCCGAGCUGGUGACAAGUGAAUUUUUUGAACAAGGUGACAGGGAGAGGUCAGAGCUGAAAUUGACCCCAGCGGCCAUAUUUGACCGCAAUCGCAAAGAUGAGUUACCUGCCCUGCAGUUAGACUGGAUAGAUGGCAUCUGUAAACCUCUUUAUCAGUCGCUGCUGAAGCUUAACAGGAAAUUGCAGCCAAUGGUGGAAGGGAUCGACGCCAACCGAAAGAGGUGGCAGGAGCUGUGCUCGUCUAACGAGCACCCACGUGACGCCUCGGUGAACAAUGAGAGCAAUGAACACGGUCAGAACCCCGAGGCUGUGGAAGCCAGGAAGGAGUCUACUGUCAAACAAGCGGAAAACACCAAGUUGGGGUCAAAGGGUCAUCAGGUGUGGAAUUUGGAGCCACACAACACAGUUGGACCAAAGGAGGAAUGUUAGGUUUGGUAUAGCUGAAAUUAUUUUUUAAAAAGUUGCAGAUGGGUCUAGGCUAGCUUAAAGAUAGUCAAAGCGGUAAAAAAGGGCGGCACGGUGGUCGAGUGGUAAGCACGCAGACCUCACAGCUAGGAGACCAGGGUUCAAUUCCACCCUCGGCCAUCUCUGUGUGGAGUUUGCAUGUUAAAAGAUUCCCACCCCACCAUAAUUAAUUAAUUCAUUCAUUCAUUUUCUACCGCUUAUCCUCACGAGGGUC